GCCACACACGCGCGCGGCCGCACGCGCUCACUCGCUCCCACAAGAGUCCGAGGGAGCGACGAGGACAGAGGUGCGAAGGAGGAACUCUGAACAUUCGGAGACGUUGUUCAACACAUAUUCAAGUGGCAGUUCGUUCGUUCGUUUCUUCCUUUGAACAAAAGCUAUAGGUGUUCUCAGUGUUAGUGUUAUGUCUGUAGACAUCACAAAACAUGCACCCCAUGUUCUUCGAGGUCACGGCGCCCAAGCCGCAAGGACGGCACCCGUACUUGGACUUCACCGUGGACAUGGUCAUGGGGCGUCAGGUGGCGCUGGACUUCCCCGAGGGCAUGAACGUGACCCGUAAGAGCGAGCUGAGUUUCCCCUUGGAGGUGUACCUUCUGCCGAGCUGCGUGACCCUGAUCGGCUGCGUCCUCGCCCUCUGCGUCACCCUCAAGGGCAAGGUGUCCCAGCAGAGCCAGGAAGCGACUUACUUGGUCGUCAGUCUGGUCGUCAGCGUGUUCCUGCUCUCGUCGUUGUCUCUGGUUUACCUCGUGGUGCUCCUGACGGUGCCCGAGGCGACCCUGUGGGAUUCCUCCGCCUGCUACGUCAAGCUGUUCCAGCGGGCUCUCAGCGCCGCGUCCUGCUUCAGCCUCGCCUGCGUGGCGCUCGACCGCUACCUGGCCAUCUGCUGGCCGCUGCGCUACUCUGAGCUGCUGACGAAGCCCCGCUCGCUAAUGCUCGUGGCCUGCAGCUGGCUCGUGCCCUUCGUCCUGCUGCUCCUGGCCUGCCUGGCGGACCUCUCGACCCUCUGCGUCAACAGCCAGCACACCACCUCCACCCUCGCCACCUACGCCGCCCUCUACUUCCUCGGGGGAUCCUGCACCGUCGUCCUCUACGCCCUGGUCGCCUCCGAGUUCUGCAGGAGUCGAGGCGCGCUCCGCCUGGGGGUCGACGCCGCGGAAUUCGACAAGAUGGCCAAGAGCAAGACGACGGGCUCGGCGCUGACGGCGGCCACGCUCUGCUUCCUCUCCAUCCCGCAUACGGUCGUCCCAUUCUUAAGCCCUGUCCUCCCCAUCAUCGUCAUCCGCAUUGUACACCUGCUCCACCGUGUGCACAUCGUCCUCUUCCUCCCCGUGUACGCCAAGACUACUUUCAAGGCCGUUUGCGACAUGUUGGCGUCAUGUCUGGUACACGUUUGGGGUCGUUGUAUCAGCUGGCGUCGAUCAGCUGAUGACGGGUCGGAGACGAGGUUCGUGGAUGAGAGAGUGUGAGUUUUUGGCGUUUAUAUACGUAUCCUUAUCUAUAUUUAUGUAUCUAUCUGUUUAUCUAUCUAUCUAAUUGUCUAUCAAUUUAUCUUUGUAGUAGGUAGCUGUAUUAUAAUGUACAAAGGGCGUUGGGUUUUGUUGAAUAAAUUAUUGUUUUUUUG